AGCAAAGGCUGAGUCCCAAGACCAUGACCAGAAGCGGAAGUCUCAACAGUCCUGCAGACAGUAGUUUCAUAUCUCAUCGGUGAUCACCCUCUAGCUCAGCAUUCCUCAUCAAAAGAUGCUGCAAACAACAAAAUCAUUUCAUCUAUCAAACCACGCUAACAUAAACACUUGUCUGAAACCAUCUUUUGAACCAAGCAGAAACAAGACUAAUCCCCAGUCAAGAGUGACUCAAUGCGACAACACCCUCAAUCACGUUGUCAUUCGCACGAGGAGGAACUGGAGGUGUUAUGCAGCCGAGCAGCACAAACCACAAGGGCCCGAACGGCGGCCUCCGAAGCAGAGAAGGGACAGGUCCGACGAAGAAAGCAGCAUUGACCCGGUUGGGUUCCUCGCCAAAUACGGCAUUUCUAAUAAAGCUUUUGCUCAAUUUCUCCGUGAAAGGCAUAAAUCACUGAAGGACUUGAAAGACUCAAUUCGCAACCGUCACCUCGAUUUUAAGGAGAUGGCGUCUGGAUUUGAAAUGAUGGGCAUGCACAGGAAUGUGCAGCAUCGAGUGGAUUUCAUGGAGUGGGCUCCAGGUGCCCGCUAUUGUGCUAUUGUUGGUGAUUUUAAUGCGUGGUCACCUACUGAAAAUUGUGCCAGAGAGGGUCAUUUUGGCCAUGAUGAUUAUGGAUAUUGGUUUAUUAUACUUGAAGAUAAAUUACGUCCGGGACAAGAGCCAGAUGAACUCUACUUUCAACAGUACAAUUAUGUGGAUGAAUAUGACAAAGGUGACAGUGUCACUGCAGAAGAGGUUUUCAAGAAAGCAAAUGAUGAAUAUUGGGAACCUGGUGAAGACCGCUUCAUCAAAUCACGCUAUGAGGUUGCAUCUAAGUUGUAUGAGCAAUUCUUUGGGCCCAACAGCCCUCAAACAGAAGAAGAACUUGAGGAACUUAAGCCUGAGCCUGAUCCAGAGAUUAGAUAUAAAGCUUGGAAAGAGGAACAUAAGAAUGAUCCUCCUAGCAAUUUACCACCUCUUGAUGUGAUUGACCAGGGAAAAGAGUAUGAUAUUUACAAUAUUGUAGAUGACCCGGUAUGGCGAGAAAAAUUUCGGGCAAAGAGUCCUCCUAUUGCUUAUUGGUUGGAGAGUAAGAAAGGAAGGAAAGCAUGGCUGGAGAAAUAUACUCCUGGAAUACCACAUGGAAGCAGAUAUAGAGUGUACCUCAACACUCCAGACGGGCCUUUAGAACGAGUCCCUGCAUGGGCUACUUAUGUUGCUGCAGGUUCAGAUGGAAAUCUAGCUUUUGCUGUCCACUGGGAACCACCUUUUGAAUCUGCAUACAAGUGGGAGCAUAAAUGUCCAUCCAAACCAAAAUCUCUCCGUAUUUAUGAGUGCCAUGUUGGGAUCGCUGGUCAGGAACCAAAAGUUUCUUCAUUCAGUGAUUUUGUGAGCAAGGUCCUUCCACAUGUAAAAGAGGCCGGAUACAAUGCGAUCCAGGUCAUUGGCAUUGUUGAACACAAAGAUUAUUUCACUGUUGGGUAUAGAGUGACAAAUUUUUAUGCCGUUAGUAGCCGUUUUGGCACUCCAGAAGAUUUCAAACGCUUGGUUGAUGAAGCACACGCGUCUUGAAAGAGCUGCGCUGGAGUGUGACCACUACGAGUAGGCAGUUAUGGCUUAUCGGUUAUUCAUUUUUGAUAUUUUUAUUCAGGGGUUUUUCUUCUUUGAUUGCACCUAUCAUCUCUCAUAUUCUGCUUUGAGCUCAGGUUUUGAUACUCGCACUAAGUUCUACUGCUAUGCCCUCGCAGGGUGUUGAAAGACAAUAUAGGACUGUAUAUUAAAUAAAUAUUACGUGUUCCUAUCAUAGUAUUUCUGCUUCAGUUUUAGUCAAUGGGAAUGUGGAAGAAACCCGAGGAGGGCGUUUAUUUGCAUUAAAAUGACCCCUCAAAUCAGAGUGUCUCUCUUGGACCCAUCGGUUUAGGAGUUGUUUACGAGGGGGGGCACUCCCAAUGGGGAUUGGGAAGGUAAGUGUUCCAAUUCCUUUCCUCUAGUUGCAUAUUUUUCCAUCAUCAAUUUUAAAAAGCCAAAAUUAACCAAACAAAAACAACAUUACCACAGUGCCGCAAAGGAUCCCAUCUACGGGGGGGGGGGGGGGGGGGGUAAGGAGGGUCGGAUGCACGCAGCCUUACCCCUAUACUAAAGCACAAAGAGACCGCAAACAGUUUAGUGAGCCAUUUUGAUUUAUUUCAUCAUGUUAAAAAAAUAACCCACCUAUACUAAUUAUUUUUAAUUCAAAGAAUGCGUGGAACAUUUGAAUUUUCAAAAUUAUAUCUUAUUUAUUUGUUGCACAGUUUCAUUGUUUAAAGUUAAGAAAAUUCACAAUAACAUUGGAAUUAUUUACAAGUCUUACUUUCCAUUUUAGUUUGUCUCACGAUUAUGUCUACUUUCUCCUUUUGGAUCUCACUAACUUUGUACUUUUUUUCGUACUUUCCCUUUAUUGAUGUGAAAUGUAAAACUAUUUGCACAACUCCUCAAAUGUCACCCACCUUUUAGAUGGUAAAAUUGAAAAUUAACUAAAUAUAAUUCGUUUCUUAUUCCCCGUGCAAUAAGCAAUUGGGACAUCUAAAGUGGGGUAGGGUAAUAAUUAAGAAUAAUAUUAAUAUUCUAUUUAGAACUGACAUGUUAUUCAAAAAUAAUAUCCAACUCUUUUAAUUAAAAGUACAUAUCCUUUAAACAAUGCUAAGAAAUAUUUUCUUACCAAAUUGGUGUGGUUUUCUUCUUCUUCUUCUUCUUCUAAGUUUCAGCAUCAAAGUUUAAAAAAUAGUACUACGUAACUAAAGUUUAAAAAAUAGUAACAAUAGACAAUAGUAGAAACUCUAAACCAUGAAACUCUAAACCCUCUAAACAAUCAAUCCAAUACCACCACAAAGGAAAAAUCUUCCGAUGAAAAUGCAUCUGCAAAUCUCUUAAGGACAUUGAUCCUAAAUCAAUUCACUACUCUGAUAUACCCAUCCCAUAAUUCCAUAAAUGGUAUAAAAAUAUAUUAAUUAUAUUUAUACCAUUUUUUGCCAACCCAUUCUUAAUGGUUAAAUUUAUGCCUCUUAGGCUAGAGCCAUGGAAGAAGCCUUUAGGUUUUAGUGUCUAGGAUGAACCUGAUUUCAUUUAUGGAGCCAUAUGUAAUUUGAAGACCUGAAUAUGCUUGUUCGUUAGCUACGAGUGGAUGAUAUUGUCUAAAAUUAAUUAAUGCAAAGUAUUCUUUUUUCUCCAUUCGUCCGAGAGAUAUGGAAUGAUCUCACCCAAAGGUAUUCCCAGCUAGUUACCCUAAACUAUUUGAAUUGAAUCAGCAAAUCUCAAAUGCUAAACAAAAAGGAGAUGACGUUUCCUCCGAUUUUACCAAACUUCAUAACCUUUGGGAUGAACUUGAUGCUAUCAGCCCAUGCAUGUGUAUUUUGGGCCAAGAUGCGUCAGAGUAUGAUGUAUGCUGACCAAGAACAUUGUGUGGUGUUUCUUGAAGGGAUUUAUGAACGCUUUUGAAUCUCUGAUAUCAAAUUCUUAUGCUAGAAACUCUCCUGUUCCUCAAUAAAAUUUAUAACCUUGUCUGCCGAAGUUCAGCAAACCCUAAACCAACCGUCCCUUCUCCGAAUCGAAAUAGCUGCCUUGAAUAUGCAGCGCUGAGCCGCUGAUCCAAUCAACCCAAGUGCACGAGGUGAAUUCCAAAAGCAUAUUCAAACAACAUGAAGAAUUUAUUCAACCAUACUCACCAUUCAUCAACUCUGUUUUUUAUUUGAAUGGCUUCACACUCAAUAGCUGGACCCAUCAACCUUGGCAGCCAGGACUGCCGUUGUUUUCUCUCACACUUCCCAUAAUUUUCAUACCUAAAGUGACCUACUCAAAUUCGUAAAGUAAGCUUACCAGUAGACAUUAGUGCCGUUUUCAUAUUUCAUUUAUCUAGGUCUGUUACUUAUUGACUUGUUGCUUUGGUUCUAUAUUGAAAGGUUUUGGGCUGCUGGUUUUCUUGGACAUUGUCCACUCCUAUGCAGCAGCAGAUGAAAUGGUUGGAUUAGCACAGUUUGAUGGAACAAAUGACUGCUUUUUCCAUACUGGUAAACGAGGGCAUCAUAAAUUUUGGGGUACGAGAAUGUUCAAAUAUGGAGAUCAUGAUGUACUGCAUUUCCUUCUUUCAAAUUUAAAUUGGUGGGUGGAGGAGUAUCAUGUUGAUGGUUUCCAUUUCCAUUCGCUUCCAUCGAUGAUGUAUACACACAAUGGAUUUGCAUCAUUUACUGGUGACCUUGAAGAGUACUGUAACCAAUAUGUUGACAAGGAUGCCUUGCUGUACCUCAUGUUGGCCAAUGAGAUCUUGCACACUCUUCAUCCUAAUAUAAUCACAAUAGCAGAGGAUGCAACACUUUAUCCAGGACUGUGUGAACCAACUUCUCAGGGUGGACUGGGCUUUGAUUAUUUUGUCAACCUUUCUGCCACAGAUAUGUGGCUAUCGCUGCUUGAGAGUAAGGCUGAUCGUGAAUGGAAAAUGAGUGAGAUUACUGGCAAAUUAAUGGGCAAUAGACAAAGUGUUGAUAAGAUGCUUUUGUAUGCCGAAAACCACAACCAGUCUAUAUCUGGAGGGCGCUCGUUUGCAGAAAUAUUAUUUGGUGAAACCUUGAAAGACCCUUCGAUUUCACAAGAAGUGUUACUUAGAGGCUGCUCAUUACAUAUGAUGAUCAGGUUAAUUACUUUCACAAUUGGUGGUCCGGCAUACCUCAAUUUCAUGGGCAAUGAAUUUGGACACCCUCAGAGAGUUGAGUUUCCAAUCCACAGCAACAAUUAUUCAUUUUCACUGGCAAACCGUUGUUGGGAUCUUUUGGCAGAUGAAGUCCAUAACCAGUUGUUUUCCUUCGACAAGGAUAUGCUGGACUUGGAUGAAAAUGGAAAUGUGCUUUCCAGAGCCCUUCCUAACAUCCACCAUGUCAAUGAUGUAAUGAUGGUGAUAUCUUACUUGAGAGGCCCUUUUCUGUUUGUGUUCAAUUUCCAUCCCGUGGAUUCAUACGAAAGAUACAGCAUAGGUGUAGAAGAUGCUGGGGAGUAUAAAGUUAUCUUGAACACCGAUCAAAGCAAGUAUGGCGGACGAGGAUUGAUCAGUCAUGAGCAACAUGUCCAAAAAACCAGCAAUCUUAGAGUCGAUGGAAAGAGAUUCUGCUUGGAAGUGCCUUUGCCAAGUAGAAGUGCUCAGGUUUACAAGUUGACACGAAUUCUGAGAGUAUAAUUUGGUGAUUCCAAGAGUGAUCAGUUAAUAUAUCAGUUUGACAUGCCCUUCCUUUCAGUUCAUGAGUCCACAUGUGACAUACCAUCCUGAAGAAAGGUCGAUGAUAUCUUCAGGCUGUUCCUCUAUCCUUCACAAACAGAUUUAGAGGAGCUGCGUAUCAUUAGUGGGAUUGGAGUGGCGGCCAUCUAAUCUUUUCGUCUCCUUUAUCAUCAAGAAGCAAUCACGCUUCAGAGUCGAUGAAGAAAAUUUAUUCUCAG